UCUUCCCGAUCGUUCCUCCCGAAAAGCCCCCAAGCCACCGACUUUCUCCCCUUGAAAAACCCGGUGAAGGCCUCUUGAAAUUUCCCUCCUUUCUUGCUCAAGAACCAAGUCUCAAGCCUAGAACUCUCUCCCUCAACCCAGAAAUUCCAGAUCUGCUCUACGUCUUCCUCCCUCUGCCUUCCGCGAGCUGCUCUUGCCGGUGAGAGUGCUUCGGUUUUUGGUAAGGGAACAACCAUAAAAUCAUCUCUUAAGCUUUGAUCUAUGUUGGGUUUACUCUAAUUCCUCUUAGUCCUCCCAAUUUUGGUAGCCCGUGAGCUUUUCCUGCCUUCCCGUCGGUCUCCCCAAGCCACAGCUCCGGUUUUUUGUUGAAAUUUUCUGGUAUGUGGCAACUCUUUUAAGUCCAAUUUCAUUUAAUUAGUGGUUGCCUUGUUGAAUUUGGUCCUUGUGUGACUGCCUGUGUUGUCCGAAUGCUGGCAAGGGAAGAAUGGAAGAUUUCGGCAGCUUAAUUGUGCUUUCUUGUUAAUUCAUGUGGAAAUUGCUUGUUGUGGUUGCUGUGAUGUUAAUUGUGGGAAAAUUCUAUGAAAUUCCCGUGAAUUGGCAAUUUUUGCCUAAGCCGGUUCCUCCAUUUUGUCUAUGAGAUUUGGAAAUGUAAAUAUAAAUGCACAAUAUGAUUUUUAGAGCUCAAAUUUCGAAUAGGAAGUAAAAUAAAAUGAAGUAAAUAAAUAAAAUAAAUAUUGCAUUAUGGAGGUUAAUUGCCGGCAAUAUUGAAAAGAAUCAAAUAGGUAGUUCUCAUAUGGUUAUUAAUUCUGGAAUAUUGUGAUUAGGUACUUAAUUAUUCUGCACUGUAGCGCUUGGGAUUAGUGGUCUGUUUGGUGCGAUUUGAGGUAAGUAAAUGAUGGUAAAGCCCUUCGAUUUUAAAGCAUGUUUUGAUUUGUUUUUGAAAUGGUGGCGGGACUAAACUCGUUUUAUACAAAAUAUGUAUGAUUGAUUUGAACUGAAAAUUUUUAUGAUUUUUAUGGAUUUGAGCAUGCCUACUUGAAGUUCAUGUGAUUGUCCAGAUGAUUUGAAAGUUAUUUGUAAAGAAUGAUUUUCUGUUAACUUCAGCCUGUUUUGUCUCCGAUAUGGUCAUGUUAUUUCUGUAAUCCUGCUAGUGGGGGUUAAACGCUAGCACAUGUCGACAUGUAUUUCUGUAGAGCCGGUUCCUCCUGCCAGUGGGAGUUGUUAAACACUGGUAUUUCUGUAAUCCUGCUAGUGGGGGUUAAACACUAGUAAUUUCUGUAAUCCUGCUAGUGGGGGUUAAACACUAGUAAUUUCUGUAACCUGCCAGUGGGAGGU